UUAAGUGUAUUAUGCUGCGACUGGUAUAUAGUCGUAUUCGUUAGUUUGUUUCUAGCUUUAAUUUUUAUUCAGCAUGUUUUUAUGCGAUUUUUUAACCUUGAAGGAAUACAUUGCCACUCAGUACUCACUCAACAGUGAAUUGGGUGGAAUUGGUCCCGGCUACAUUUAACAGUGUAGUGUUGGAGCGUGAACAAUUUAUAUUUUGUCUUUUAAACCAUAAACUAUAGUACAAUAUACUGCGGUGCUUAUAUGAAUAACAGUAAACGAAAUUUUCAACUUUCCCCACAUAGAAAGUGUAACAUUUAACAAAAUAAUAAGUAAUUUGACGCAGAAUUUUACAAUUUACUUGCUCGUGUUUGAUUGUUACAAUAAAAAAACACCAAAACAGUAGUCCAACAUCAUUGUAGAAGUUCUUGUAUUGAAACAAACAUGGAAAACAAAACUGAAUUUGAUUAUCCGCAUACAUUUGUACUCCUCGGUGCGUCUGGGGACUUGGCUAGAAAAAAAAUUUAUCCUACUAUCUGGUAUUUAUAUCGUGACAACCUUUUGCCGCAUAACACCAAGUUUAUUGGUUAUGCGCGUACUAAGCAAUCUGUUUCCGAAGUAAGAGAAAGGUGUCAAAAGUACAUGAAAAUACGCCCAGGAGAAGAAGAAAAAUUAGAGACAUUUUGGAAUGCCAAUAACUAUGUAGCGGGAUCUUAUGAUGGAAGAAUAGAUUAUGAGUUUCUUAACCGAAUCAUCAGUAAUCACGAGAAGGGCCCUAUUGCAAACAGAAUUUUUUAUUUAGCUGUACCUCCAACGGUCUUUGAAGAUGUUACUGUAAACAUAAAAAAUGCCUGUACAUCUAGCAAAGGUUUUACUCGUGUUAUUAUUGAGAAACCUUUUGGACGUGAUGAUGUCAGCUCUGAGAAAUUAAGUAAUCACUUAGCUGGACUAUUUAUCGAAGAACAAAUCUACAGAAUUGAUCAUUACCUUGGUAAGGAAAUGGUCCAAAACUUGAUGACCAUAAGAUUUGCAAAUCAAAUAUUCAAUCCAGCUUGGAAUAGAGAAAAUAUAGCAUCUGUUCUUAUAUCAUUUAAAGAACCAUUUGGAACUGAAGGUAGAGGAGGGUACUUUGAUGAUUUUGGCAUAAUAAGAGAUGUCAUGCAAAAUCAUUUACUACAAAUACUUUCUUUAGUUGCAAUGGAAAAGCCUGUCACUCUAAAUCCUAAUGAUAUUAGAGAUGAAAAAGUGAAAGUUUUGAGGCAUAUCCAACCAAUAGAAUUAAAAGACAUUCUAAUUGGGCAGUAUGUCGGUAAUCCUGAAGGUCAAGGUGAAGAAAAAUUAGGUUAUCUGGAUGAUCCAACUGUGCCUGGAGACUCCUUAACUCCCACAUAUGCUCUUGCUACUUUGUGGAUCAACAAUGCAAGAUGGCAAGGUGUCCCCUUUAUUCUAAGAUGUGGAAAAGCUCUGAAUGAAAGAAAAGCAGAAGUUCGUGUUCAGUAUAAAGACGUUCCAGGUGAUAUAUUUUCUGGACAUGCAAAACGAAAUGAACUGGUCAUAAGAGUCCAGCCAGGAGAAGCCUUAUACUUAAAAAUGAUGUCUAAAUCUCCAGGAAUGAAAUUUGACUUAGUUGAAACAGAACUAGACCUCACUUAUAGUGCACGCUACAAAGAAGCCAGUGUACCUGAUGCAUAUGAAAGGCUCAUAUUGGAUGUGUUCACUGGUACCCAAAUGCAUUUUGUGCGUAGUGAUGAAUUAAAAGAAGCAUGGCGAGUAUUUACACCUAUUCUCAAAGAUCUCGAAGAUAAUCACAUUAAGCCAGUGCCAUAUGUUUAUGGAUCUAGAGGUCCUAAAGAAGCUGAUGAUAAACUGGCUGGAUAUGAUUUCAAGUAUUCUGGGUCUUAUAAAUGGAAAAAACCUAUUCAUUGAUUUAAAAUAAGUCUGUAUUGGUUUUCAGGUUGUAGGUAAACUUGGGUCGGUUUUUAUUUUAAAGGUGCAUAAUAAACAUAUACAUAUUUAAAAUUUGAUCAACAUUUCAUCAAUAACUCAAUUCUGAAGGGUGAAAAGGAGGAUUUAAGUUGACUGUGAUUAAAAGACAAAAAGCAACUAAUAGAAUGCUGUUUAAUUACCACAUAAAUUUUUUUUCACUGGUAUGAAAUGCUUAGUUUUGUUUCCAUACUUAACAAUUAAAGAAAACUUUCUGCUACUAUUAAAAUAUAUAAGUAUACAUAAUUUCUUAAUCUCAGAACUUUUUCUGUAUUGUUACUUUAGAACUGAAGUAUCAAUGUAGAUUAAAUGAUUAAAACUUUUAAGGUCAUUUUAAGGUUAAUGUGGCUGGUAUAGAUCUGAAUGCAUUUAAUUACUAAUGAAGUCUUCCAUUGACAGCACAAUAAUGAACAAUUGUAUAUUGAGUAUCUAUGUACAUACUUAAAAUUUAAAAUUGUAAACAUUCCACUUAUCAAUAUGUUAGUAAAUAUGAUCAACAAAUUUGAAUAGGGGACCAAUUUAUCAAAUAUGGUUGUGCUUGUGCCUUAUUUCUUGAACAUAAUCAUAAAAAAAUUAUUUCUCGAAUGUAAUCAUAAAAAAAUGACAGAGUAAUUGAAUGAAAGCUGUGAUAAUCACGUGGUUUAUGUAAUGAAUCACGUUCAAUGGUGUAUGUAUUUAUAAAUGUUAAAGGUCAUAUUUUGAAUAGAUAUUAUCAGCUUUUUGGUUUCGAACGAUUAUUGUUGCGUUAUACACAACUUAAAAAAAUUAAGUUGAUUAAGUGUAUUGUAAAAUUAAUUUUCUUAUUGUAUUUCAUGAAAUAAAAAUGUCUUGUAACAA